UGAAUCACUCUACUUAGUUUUGAGUUUAAGGUUUGUUCUUGAAAGAUAUUUUUCAACUAAGUUGAUGAAAAUCUGAAACAUUAUGAAUCCUACAGUUUUAUCUUUGGCCUUAUUUAUUUUUUGCUGCAUUCUUCCUUAUGGACUUGCCGCACAAGAAUCUAAAGAAGAUUGUGCUUGUUGUAUGUCAGAAGUUCAAGAUAAAGUUCUGAGUUGCUGUAAUGAAAGUUUUUGUAGAAGUUGUAUCGAAGAAUCGAUUACCCAUAAAGCAGAUUGUCAAAAAUGUAAAAAUCCAUUAUCAAAAUUAAAGGAAACAAAACCUCCUUCAAGACCCUAUCCUGUGGAACAACCAAGACGUUCUGUGCCACCUGCAAAUAAUCAUGUAAGCGACGAAGAUGAUGAUGAAGUUCCAUUAAAUACUAGAACAACUAUGCCAACGAAUUCCAAUCUUCCUACUACAGGUGGAUAUAAUGACGCUGAAUUUCAAUCGCAAUUACAAGCGACAUUAGAAGCAUCACUUGAAUAUAAUGACGAUUAUGAUGCUGAAUAUCAAUCAGUAUUGCAAGCGACAUUAGAAGCAUCACUACUUGACACGACAGGCGUACAUCCAGACAUAAUAGACUUUAUAGAGAACGGUAGUGGUCACUUGUGCGAUGGAUGCAAAAAUUUGUCUGGAAAAGAAUAUAGUUGUGGAAAUCAUUUUUAUUGUAAUACUUGUGUUGCUAGAAUGACAGACGAUAAAAUUGGUUGUCUAGAAUGUGUUGUCGAUGAAUCUGAUAGUUAAGCAAUCCGGGUCUAAAUGCAAUGGAAUUGAAAAUCAAUAUUAAAUAACAUUAUCAAAAACAGUUUUAUUUUCAUUGAAUGAUUCAAAAUUAAUUAGUUGUUAUAAUCAUUAUUAGUGUUUCAUAAAACGAGUGUAUUUUUAUUAAAAUGCUUCUAAUCGGUUCAUUGUUUUUUAUGUUUUAGUUUAAUGUACCAAAAUAAUAAAACUACCAUACUUUCA